CUCGGCGAGGGUCUUGGUGCCAAAGAGACGCCCCAGCAGCGGUACCAGCGGCUGCAGCACGAGUUGCAGGAGCUGGUCCGGGAGGUGGAGCAGAUCCAGAGCACGGUGAAGGAGUCGGCGGCGGAGGAGGAGCUGACGCCCAUGGCCUUGGCCAGGCAGGUCGAGGGCCUGAAGCAGCAGGUGGUCUGCAGCCACCUGGAGAAGCUGCUGGGCCCUUGUGCAGCCAUUGACUUUGCCGACCCCGAGGGUGCCCUGGGCAAGCGCCUGCUGCAGCAGCUGGAGGUGGCGAAGUGCAGCAAGGCGGCGCCGGGGAAGAGCCCCUCCAAAGCCCCGGCACCCACCGCAGGCGCCGUCACCUUUGAGCUGUACUGGAGGCCGGAGCAGGAGCAGUUUGCCCAGAGCGCCAAGAUGGCGGAACUGGAGAAGCGGGUGGGGCAGCUGGAGGAGACCGUGCAGGUGCUGCAGGCCAAGGUCAACAUCCUGGACGUGGCUGUGCUGGACCAAGUGGAGGCCCGGCUGCAGAGCGUCCUGGGGAAGGUGAAUGAAAUCGCCAAGCACAAGGCAACUGUGCAAGACGCCGACAGCCAGAGCAAGGUCCACCAGAUCUAUGAAAUGAUGCAACGCUGGGACCCCGUGGCCAGCACCCUGCCUGAUGUGGUGCAGAGGCUGGGGACCCUCAGGGACCUGCACGAGCAAGCCACACGGUUCGGGCAGGUCCUCGUGCACUUGGACACCACGCAGCAGGAGAUCGCUGGUGCUCUCAAGGACAACGCCAUGCUGCUGGCGGAGCGGGAUAUUGCGCUUCGGGGAUUCCACGUCAUCCAGGAUGAUACCGGCUAG